CUCCAGCAUGCUGCCCCCUCCUGCUCCUCAUUUAAUAUGAUCUUGAACUACUCGUCAUUUAAUUUAUAAUGAUACACGUAGAGCUCACUCUCUCUCCCUCUCUUUGUCUCCCCCCUCCUCUUUCCUUCUCUAGUUUCUGCUCCUCUCUCCGCCACCUGUUAGUUAGUCUGCCUCUCCUCUUCGCACUGGGAUCCCCUCUUUUUCUAUGAGGAGUUUCACACUUGCGCUAUCACUGAGCCCUAUGACUGUGCGAAAAGGAAAACGUUUAGGCAUCUCCAUCCAGGAGCACAUGGCCAUCGACGUAUGCCCGGGCCCCAUCCGCCCCAUCCGUCAAAUCUCUGCCUACUUCCCCCGCCUGUCACCCACUUCCUCUUUCUCCGAGCCACUCUCGCCCAAUCAGGUAGCUGCUCCCACCGCCCUCAGCCCUAGCAGCGCGGGCCAAGGUGGGGGAGCCACCGGAGAAGGAGGAAGGAGCAGCCUGUUGUUACCAGGGGCGGCAGGGGGAGGGGGCUCACUGUCAGCCAUGAGCAGCAUGGACACCUCCAUCGAGAUUGACAGCUGUGACAGCGAUGAUAACACCUCCUUGGGGACGUUAGAGUUUGACCUACUGUAUGAGAGAGCCACCAGCUCCUUACACUGCACAGUCCUGAGAGCAAAGGGUCUGAAGCCAAUGGAUUUCAAUGGUUUGGCUGAUCCUUAUGUCAAGCUGCACCUGCUGCCGGGAGCUUGCAAGGCCAAUAAACUGAAAACCAAGACCGUUCGCAACACGCUGAACCCUGUGUGGAAUGAGACACUCACCUACUGUGGAAUCACCGAGGAAGAUAUGUACCGCAAAACACUCCGGGUGUCCGUGUGCGACGAAGACAAACUGACACAUAAUGAGUUCAUCGGGGAGUCGCGGGUGGCCCUGCGCCGCGUGAAGCCUGACCAGUCCAAACACUUUAACAUCUGUCUGGAGCAUCCACCUCCUCUGCCUUCACCGACUGCGAUGAGCACAGCCCUGAGAGGAAUCUCCUGCUACCUGAGAGAGUGGGAGACUGAGCAGCAGAGAAGUCUAGAGGAGAGAGGCCGUUUGCUGCUCUGCCUGCAGUACUUUCCUCCAGCCAGUGACAGCAAUGUGAAGGGCGAGGCCAAGGAGAGGGCUCGUGGCGGGCUGUGUGUAGGCGUGAAACGCUGCGCCCACCUGGCAGCCAUGGACGUCAACGGCUACUCAGACCCCUAUGUUAAAACGUAUCUCAAGCCAGAUGUCCAGAAGAAGUCCAAGCACAAAACAGCGGUGAUAAAAAAGACACUCAACCCGGAGUUUAAUGAGGAGUUCUUCUAUGAAAUCACCUUUUCAGAAUUAGCCACCAAGACGCUGGAGGUCACUGUGUGGGACUAUGACCUGGGAAAGUCCAAUGACUUCAUAGGCGGUGUGUCCUUAGGGUGUCACUCACAGGGAGAAACUCUGCAGCACUGGAUAGACUGUCUAAAGAAUAAGGGCAAGAAGGUGGAGCGCUGGCACACGCUAACCAACGAGCUGCCUGGAUCCACACUGCAGGAAUGAACUGAUCUUUUUCCACUGUACACUGUACUGGAGAGACUGCCUGACGAGAGACGUUUCAUUGCAUGCUCUGAGGAUUUUCUGCAUGAAGGAUUCAAAUCCUACUUACUUUGUGUCAUCAAGUCAAGUGUAAUUCUUAACAACAUACCCAAAGGGGGGUUACACUCAAGAGAUCAAUACUCUAAUCUCAGCUCUAAAUAGAGCUGAUGCAAAUCUGGGAAACUUUCCCCCUCACAAAGCUAACAGCAUGAGAAUUUUCAUAAUCAUAAUUAUUGGGAUCCAUGUUUCUUUUGUGGCUGCUCCAAACUAGUCAGAUCCCAAUCAACAAGAUCAAUUGAAAUCAUGAAAGAAAAUAUAAUGAGGGAGAAAGCUGAAGUAGUCUGUGGUUCAACUCUCAUGUCAGGUGUACUUGCUCUCAUUACAUUCAGCCUGUUGUUUUUAUGAACUGCUGACACAGACAUGUCACACAGCGCACAUACCUCUCCCUUGCAAUAAUGUUUUGCCUAAUGCUUCCGAAGACCUCCACAGGGUCUUGAGACUGUCAGACAUUUUGCAUCUAUUGAUCUGAUUGCCAUCAGUUUGACAAUUGGUUCUUCCAUUUUGAUGUGAUGAUAGUGUCAGUUAUUUGCAUGUUUGGUGUUGAUGGAUCAAACUACAAGAAAUAUGUGCCAGGCACUGCAGCAGGAUGUUCAUCAUUGUGUUGCUCCCAAUCCUCCUGAGAUGUGUUGCUCUGAUUUACUGAAGAGAUGUUUUUAUUUAAUUCAAGGGUAACCGUUUUUUGUUGUUGUUGUUUUUUUUUUUUUUUAACGUUGUCAGCUGUUUAAUGUGUCAGCUCUAAUAUCACAGUGUCAGAUUCUUGUCGGUGACACGUUGAUGAUGUUGACCUAAUUUUACUUCACAAUUACUGAUUUUUAUGGAGAAGAAGAGUGGUGUAAUUAACAGAGAGGUUUCAGAGCUUAGCGGUUUAUGGAGAGCUGUGCAUGGUCGUGCUGUACUCUGACGCACCGUGAAUAAAAUCCUCAGCCUGUGUUUGAUAUCUAAACUACAAAUAUGAAUGGUGUAUAGAGCUCAGCGUUGUCUGGUAACUCUCCACGUCUGCUGCUUCAUGGAUGGCACUGACCAAGCUGCAGGCUCCAUCUCAGUCUUAUGUGGUUCGAGAGGCAUGCUGAAAUUACCAGUGGUGUUCAUAUGUAAAUAUAAAUUGUGUUUCACUUG